AUGAGAGAGAUGUGCUUCGAGGAACAAGUGACAGGGAGUGACCACAGAUUGCAGUUUCAUACUGGAAUUCCGUCUGUUGCAUUGUUUUCAUGGCUUCUAUCAUAUGUAAACAGUGACUUGCCUACAUGCAAAGUUAUGUCAAGUAAGGGUAUUCUUUUGUGCAUUUUGAUAAAAUUAAGACUGAACCUACAACACCAGGACCUGGCUUAUCGUUUCGGUGUCUCAUUGACUACAAUAUCUGACAUCUUCAACCGAGGUCUACCUAUAUUAGCAAAGAAACUGUGUAAUCUAAUUCAGUGGCCGGAAAAAGAAACUUUGAUCAGUAAUAUGCCUUUUGUCUUCAAAUCCUCAUAUCGAAAGUGUUGCUGCAUCAUUGACUGUUUCGAAGUUUUUAUUCAGAGACCAGGACACCUUACAGCAAGAGCACAGACAUGGUCAAAUUACAAACAUAUCAACACCCUCAAGUUUUUAGUGUCUAUUACACCAAUGGGUGCCAUAUCAUAUGUGUCUAAAGCAUAUGGUGAAAGGACAUCUGACAAGGUCAUAAUAUUGCGGAGUGGAUUUCUUGACAAACUCCAAUAUGGUGACCAAGUGAUGGCUGACCGGGGCUUUCUCAUUGCAGAAGAAUUAGCAAAUCAUGGAGCGACACUUGUCAUUCCUGCCUUCACUAGAGGGAAAACUCAGCUCUCAGCGAAAGAUGUGGAACAAACAAGGAAAAUAGCCCAUGUGAGGAUACAUGUGGAGAGAGCCAUCGAGAGGAUUAAGAACUUUAAUAUCCUAAACACUAACUUGAGUAUGCAUAUGAUACCUCAUUCCGACAGCAUUGUAACUAUUUGUGCUGCAGUAUGCAAUCUCCAGCCAAAAUUAGUGUCAUAA